GUUCUGCUACAUGGCAUGAAGAUGUCGCACGAGCUGUCAAAGUUAUUCAAAUACAACAUGGCGCUAUGGCAAAAUAGUAAAUUUCUUUGUUUUGUACAAAUUGUUGUAUUAAGUGAUAUAACACAUGCGUAUUAUUGUGAAUGGAAUCUGUGUGAUGUGGACAAGUAUUGCUGCGGUGAUAAUCAGUGUUGUAGCAAUGUAUACAGUCUAUGGUACUUCUGGGCUGGUAUUGUUUUUCUGAUCAUCAUGCUGUCAUCAUGUUGUGGCUUCUUCCGUUACUGUUACGCAGGAUACCGACCUCAAAUAAUAGUACACCAAAUAACCAACUAUGUCCCAUUACCAACUGACAGAUCUUGUGCUGAAGAAAGGCAAGGACUUGUUGCAUAUGAAGAUGUGGAAGCGUCCAGGGAUCAUCAUGACAGGCCACCCCCACCGUAUUUUGCCUCCAUCAUUCCAGAGAAGGAGAUGAAAUGAAGCUGUGGAAACGCUCUUCUUCUACCUUCUUGCAUGUUGUUUUAAUAAAUUUAUUUACAUAGCCCUUGUCCCCAAAGUAACUUGAAGCAAAAGCUUGCCAUACACAACACACACCUUAUACAUUACAAAAUCUGCAGAUGUAGGCCUACCUUGUUGAAGUAAAGUAUGUUAAUGUACAAAUGAAAUAUUGUUGGUUUAUUCUUUCAAUAUUGUUCCUGUAUUUAUAUAGUUAGAAUAAAAUUUUUAAUUAAUCA